UGUUCGCGUCUGCUGUCCUGAUCACAACUAGGUCACUUCUGUUUGUGUUUUAGUUUCGUUAACGCCAUUCAGGUUAAAACAUGAGAGCCGUUGGACACUUAGUGUGAUUAUAUACUUCGCUCGUUUUUGGAUCUUGCCUCUCUUACAGAGGUUUGCUGCAUUCUUUGGCAAUGGGAAGCCAUAAGUCGUAUGUGUUACAAAUAGUUGAGAGUAACUGUGAGUGAUGAAGAAAGAAAAACAUUUUCAUAACUUGCCUGGCACAGAUUAGUUGUGCUUUUUAGGUUCUACGUGUGGAGUUGUCAGGACAAAAAAACACUGAAUCUCACCCAAUUAUUGACAGAGACUCUAAGGUUUACUUUUUUAAACUAUAAGACAGAAGAAACAUGGAACUAUGGAAGCUGCUCUAUUUCUUGUUAGUCGUUCGCGACGUAUGUGCUCACAAGUGUGUACCAUCUCUGUCUAGUCUCACUGCCACAGAGGACUCACAGACACUGUUGUCUCCUGGCUACCCUUCAGAUUAUGAAAACAACCAAACUUGUAAAUGGAUCAUCACAGCUCAAGACGUGACUAAAAAGAUUCAGGUCGAGAUUGUUUCUUUGGAUCUGGCAUAUUGGUUUGGAUCAAAUUGUGAAGAUUACCUCGAGUUUAGAGACGGGAAUACAGAUGAUUCCACAUUAAUUAAAAGAACUUGCACUGAAAAAAUUCAAAUUAAGACCAAAGGUCCACACUUGAUGGUGACAUUUAUCACAGACCAGCAUUUUACAGCUCCAGGAUUUGCACUUCAAUAUUAUCAAAUCCACGACUAUAAAUCAAGCUGUGACCCGUUUGCUGCCAGGACAUUGUCAGUGGGACAAAAUCCCCUGUUUUUGGAUCUUCCAAUGUUUUCACAGACUUUACAAAGAGAACUAAAUUGCGAUUUUCAUAUCAAAUCUGAAACUACUGAUGAUGUGGCUAUCAGCCUUGAACUACUGGAUUAUAGCAGUAUUCGGUGUCACGAUGGAAAUUUCAGCAUUUAUGAUGGGAAAAAUAACCAAGCUCCAUUGAUUCUUGAGUGGUGUUACUCCAAUCAACCUUUUCAGCAUUUGACUAGCUCAGGGCAAAAUUUAUUCAUUCGUUUUAAGCUGUUAAAAACAGAGAGUCUGUGGUAUGUCUUCAGAGUCAAAGUGACAAUCAAAAUCAAAUCAGCAUCUUGUAGUGAUAAAUCCAUUUCAAACUUGGAGCUUACAUCAUUGCCUACAUACUUUGCAUUUCCUUUGGAAUAUAAACAUAAAAGCAAAAAAGUUUGUCCUUUGAGACUCUGGGCUGCUAACAUGACACAAAGUAUUAGAUUACAAGUGGUUUCAAAACACUCUUCCUGUGGAAACAAAGAUGUUACAGUUUACAAUGGUUAUGAUCAAGCCUUUGGGAUCAUUGGAACUUUGUGUGAGAAAAAAAUAUAUAUCAGUUCUAGCCAUAACAUGGUUUUACAUCCAGUAAGUGAGGACACUACAGAAACAGUUAUUAUCAAAGCUUCAUCUGUUGUGUCAACUUGCAGUGUCAAGGUUGAGACAAAAAAAGCUAUCCAUGAUGUGAUCCAGUAUCUACCAGAGGUAGCCAAUGCUGUGACCAGUUAUCCACAUGAUUUGAACUGCACAUAUUUAUUGCAAGCAGAAAGUUCAAGUGAUGCUGUGGAAGUUAAGCUUUUUGGUCGUUUGGUACACAAGGGCUCUCACAAAUGUAGUGGAGACACAAUCACUUUUUACAAUGGAGACUCCAUCUCCUCUCCUCUCAUUUCUACAUGGUGUGGUGUGCCUUCACAGAAUAGAAAAUUCACCAGCACAGGACCCAAAAUGCUAGUGAAUAUCAAGACAGAUAGCUUUGAAAGUUUUGAGGGAGCAAAAGUUAUGUAUUAUGCUGUGCCUCAAGCUGGUAGUUGUAAACUUGUCACCAACCUUGAGGCUAACAGUUCAGUUCAAUAUCUGACAUCACCUAAUGAGCCAAUGUACUAUCCAAUAAAUAGUUACUGUGUGUAUGAAUUAAAAGCACCAGAAGGUCAUGUUGUAGUUCUGAAUGUAAUUAAAUCUAAAAUGGAAGAAGACUGCAGCGAUAAUGUUCAAGUUUAUGAUGGCCUUGAGAAGAAUGCUGCCAACUAUUUAGGCAGAUGGUGUGGUGAAGAUAAACCUUCAUUCCGUAGCACUGGCCAAGAUAUGCUAAUAAUCUUCUCUGCUGAUGAAGAAUUUAACACUGGAGGGUUCAAUGCUUCUUAUUUUGCUUAUAAAGAGAGCUCAAGUCAAUAUAUAACAGCCCUGAUUGUGGGUGUGGUGAUUUCUGUUAUGUUUCUUGUUACAGUCACUGUCAUCAUCUACAUAUUUGUCAUUAAAAAGAGAAGAUGGGUUGGCAAAGUGUAAUUUACUUUGUUGUGUAGCAUAAUUUGAAAAGCUGAUUUUUUUUUCCGCUUAAUAUCAACAUUGUGACACAUUUUUUUUAAAAAGCUUUUUUAUGGUUCAUAUUUCAUGCUUAGGCAUGCUCAAUGCACUAUGGUACAAUCUCUUUUGUGGACUUAUGGGGGAGGGAGUAUCUUGGAAGUUUCCAUGUGCCUGUACGGGCUUAGCUAACACAACUAGGCUUGAACUAAUGCAGACAUAUUGUGAGCUAUAUGAUACAAUUUAGAUGAAAUUUCUUGGAAAUAAAAAAGAGGGGAAAAAUUUUUUUGAAAAAAAAAUUAUGUGCCAAAUGUGAUAGUGAAAAAGUAUGUGUUAAAGCCCUGUGAUGAACAUGGAGGUAACAUUAGUGUGUGUGAAGAACAACUUGGUCUCUAAGCAUUAACAAUCAGUUUGUUGAGACUUUACAGUUUAAUUGUAUUGAUCUUUAUAAAAUAAGCAGCUUUAAGUGGCAGCAUAUUAUUUGCAAGCAUUCUAUGAUAAUUUACAGACAGCACAAAUAUUUAAGUGGCUUUUUUUAGAAUAUCAUUUAAAUAAUAUAUGUGCAAUCCCCCUUAUUUUCUUCAUGUACUCUUAUGUGAUACUUUUUUCUUUAAUUAAAUUUAAAAAAAAAUGUAGAUAAAACAUUCAAAAAUCUUUUAUUUACCUUAAAAUUUGUGAUAAUAUUUUUUAAAAGAUUCAUUUUAUUGAGAUCUAAAGAGCAAGAAAAUCUCAGCAAGCUUGUUUAAACUUGCAUUUUUUUCUUGUUCUAUUUUAAAAUACCUCACUUUACAAAUGCAUGUUUGAUCACUUAUCAUCAUUGUACUAUUUUUUCUUGGGAAAAGUCAGUAUAUUUUGCACUGAUCAUUUUUUUCUGGGAUCCAACAUUUAUAUACAUAAAAAAAAAAUCAAAAUUAGGAAAUCAAGAUUACCCAUUUAAAAUAAUAGUCAUUAAAUGUUUUCAUUUUUUUAAAACAUUUUAUAGAAGUCCACACUUUAUAUAAUUUGUUUUCUAAGAAAAAAUAUUUUUCAUUUGCUUUCAAUUCAAUACAAUUCCAGGACUUUUCCAGAAUUUAAUGAUCUGUUGGUAUCCCGAAUUGAAUAAGAAUUGAAUUCAAUUCUGUGAAAUUACUUAGACCUAUAUUGCAUUUUUAGAUGCAUCUUAUGUCAAAUACCCAUAUGUAGCAAAUCUACGAUUUGUACACAGGAUUAAAUAGGCCUAUUUUGCAAAGGGCUUGCAUGAUGAAUAAAAAUUAUUUUAAAAACAAAACA